AUGUUAACAAGAGAUGAUAGUAAUCGUUUUAACUUACAAUAUAAAGAUAAGGAAAGAGGACGUUCUCGCAGCCUAACAUCAGAAGAAAUAAAUAAUUCUUGCAGCCCAACAUAUGAAGAAAGGAGUCAUUCCUGCAGACCAACAUACGAAGAAAGGAGCUAUUCUCACAGUCUAACAUUUGAAGCAGAAGAAUUAGUUCUCCCAUCUAAAAUCAAUAAAAUAUCUUCCUUAAAAGUAGUGUCUGUCGACAAUAAUUUCUUAGGUGCAUUAAUGAAUAAACAAGACAUAAUUAUUUGUAAUCAAAAAGAUAUUAUGAAUAAUAUUAACGACAUUAAAAAAAAGCUUGACAAUCAUGAUAAAGAACUUGAACUAUUAACUCAUAACAAUGCUGAAACAGGUUCGUUUGGUAUUAAUCAAUUACAACCAUUUAAAGAAAAAUGGAGAAAAGACGAGAUAAAAAAUUGGAAGAAUAAUAGUAAAAUAAGAAUUGCAUACAAUGAACUAUAUAAUCACAUUGAUUCACAAGAUCAAGAAUCUGAUACAUACAUUGCAAAGUUCAUUAAGAAAAUGUUUGCAAGAAAUGAUCGAACUGAAUUGAACGCUUUAUGGAUACAAGCAGUUCUAGAAAUAAUUUUCGAUCCUGAAUAUUUGUCAACGAAAUUAGAUACAAAGGCGGUUGAUAAACGUUUUGAGAUGUUGAAAAAUGAGAAAGAAGCAUAA